AUGAAUCCGGUUGAAAGACACCAAGACAUAUUUGAUAAGAAGACCCUUAGCCAAUUCGAGAUUGAAGAACGAGUCCAGGACUUGUUACCUAGCGAAUUAGUAAACGACUACAAGAAGAAUCGGCGUGUUCCUCAUAUCCCUGAAGAACAGCGUAUUAAGAAGACCCCUGCCCGAGAACAGAAGUGGACCGAACUAGCCACAAAACUAGCCGCAACCUUAACAGGAAAGAACAAACAAGAACAAGAAGAAACAAUGGCCCCCCAAACCGCCACUCUAACAGCCGAAGCAAUUGCUGCUGCCGUCGCCAAAGCAAUGAAAGCAAUCACGGUGCAGCAGGAGGCCCGUGCUGAACGAAUCAAGCAACCUGAUUGCUUCCAUGGAGAACGUUCUGCCACAGUAGUGGAUGGUUGGCUGCGCGCAGUCGAACGUUACACCAGAUACUACAAUUUUUCCGCAACAAAAGCCUGUGAAUUUGCAGUGAAUCUGUUGCAAUAUAACUGGAUGGGCCCAUAUAUUGUAGUAGAUAAAAAUUUCGAUAAGAAUAUAUACAAGCUCACAACAAUGGAAGGUGUCCCUUAUACUUCUUGGGUUCAUGCUGACCGCCUCAAAAUAGCCAAAUCCGACGAUUUCGACCGCACCUGGUAUCACCCGACCGCUGCUCGUAACAAUAUGCGACGUGAUCUGGCCAUAGAUUCCUCUUCCACCUUGCCGUUCUCGAUGAUAGAGUCUACCAGAGUUGACCGAGGACGAUCAACAGUUUCGAGAGGGGGUGAUGUCGGACAUUAUUUUGAUGAAUCCGAGAAAUCGGGAUAA